UCACCAAUCACGCAAAUAGUUUUACAAAAUAUCAAAAUUCCAGAGGUUUUCUUUUACAUUUUUAUAAUCCAAUUUUCAGCUGUAGUUUAAUAUGACUACUGCAGCAAAAUCACAAAAGGAUAAACCUUUAGUUGGCACCGCUCCGCGAUUGUUACCUAGGCCAACAGCAGCCUCCGCCGCUCGCGCCGCUCGCAAUGCUACCAACAGGAACUUGUCUCUACCCUCCCAAAGACUGUCGCCGACGCGGACGCCUGCUUGCCCUAAGUUACAGGCGAAGAGUUCUCUAGUACAACAACGCCCGCAAAAAUCGGAUUCCAAAACGGAUGUGAAGAUAAAUGGAAACCCCGAAAACGAACCAUUGGAUAAUGUUGUAAAUAAGUUGCCGCCGGUAGAAAAUGACUCCUAUGUUAUCGAGAAUGCAUCGGUAAUGAUAAUAGAAGAAACAUCGGACGACCAAAUUGUAUACGAAACUGUUAAUCUACAAGACAUCAAUGAAAACUGCCCUUUGGAGAUUUUUGUUGGUUCAGAAAUAAAGAGUAACGAAGGAGAACAAAAUGAUCAACAGAGGUUGAACGAAUCUGACACGCCACAACUUAAUCUAUGUCGCAAAAUUGAAGUAAGAAGUCGGCCUCAAACUCCAGCGUUAAACAGUCGGCCGCAGACUCCGCGCAGCAUACAGUCGAGUCGUCCGCAAACGCCGCGCAUUCCGAGCCGGCCCACGACGCCCGCGCACCCGGUGCAGCGCCACAGCACGCCCACCAGCCGGCCCAACACGCCGCAGCCGCUGACCUCGCUCUCCCGCCCGAGGACGCCGGCCUUGAACGUCCCGCCCAGUUCCAGGACUCUGUCACCUUGCACUGGCAGCCCGACACGUUCGUUGUACAAAGAAGAGGAUGAUAUCAAAUCAGUGUACCUCUCAAAGCAAAAGCAGUUUCAUCGUAUGAAGAAGGAGCUAGACUUGAAGCAGCAAGCAGUCCUGGAAAUAUUUGAUAGUUUAAGAGGCUUGCGAGAGCGCAUGACGCGUGAGGGUGUCUCCGGAUGUGGCGAGGGUAUUCAGCUACAGGAACUAAUGGUACUCAAUGUAGCCGACUGGACCGCCGAAGAGAUUGCCCAACUGUGCCGAGAUGCCGUUGCUUCCUCUACCACCGAUGGCGCUAUGGAAUUCAUUAACACCACUACUCCUAUCGAUGAAUGUACGCUUGCGGAACUAGAUACUAAAGUAGCAAACGUGCCCACACGUUUUGCUGAUUUAUGCCUGCAGGCGUUUACGGCGCGCCAAGAAAUUAUUGAUUGGGUCAAAGAGCUCAUUGAAAGAAGUGAAAGUGGAAGUGGUGAAUCAUUAGAGCGUAUUGCUCGUUACAAUGCUCAAGGACUUGAACUCUGCGAGUCCCUUCGAGAGUUAAAAACGCGCGCUGAUGAAGCUGUUGAUACCGUAACCCAACUCUCUAAGCGAGCUUGUCGGGAACGAAGUGCAUUAGUUGCUGUCGGAGAAUCUUUAGUACGAGAGGUUGCACGACUUCGACAAGAACUAGAAUCACGCUCUAAUACUAUAAGCGAACUGCAAGAGUCCCGCAUUGCAUCUGACCGCAGUAGGCCUUCUGAGGAUUUGCGUCGGGAGCUAGAAGAAGAGCGAAAUGCAAAGAACGCUACUAAGGAGAAGUUGGCAACCACGGAGUCGCAGCUCCGACAAGCGCGUAUUCGCAUCACCAAGAUGGACCGGCAGCUUCGAGAGGCAGAGGCUAGUAUUGCUAGUCUUACAGGCACUGUCAAGACUUUAGAAGACCAGAGUCGUCAAAGAGAAGUGCAAUUAGAAGCUCGUGCUAGAAAACUUAAAGAAUCUUUAAAGACCGGAGAAGUUGCCAGUAGUCAGUUAGCACAACAACGCGACUCGCUUCAGAAUGAAAUUCAAGAUCUCAAGCAACAAAUUGAAACUUUGACUGCUCAGCAUAAGGCAGCAAUACAAGAACAAGCCAGUCAGCUCAAAGAACUCAAGAACAACUUAGAAGAACAGCGUAAAAUCACUGAAAAGGAGAUCGAGCUGAAGGAAGCCGCUGAAGCUGUUGUAACGGAGAGCAUUCGUAAUAUUGAAGAAUUGAAAGCUAAGAUUACUGAACUCGAAAUCAGCAGACCCAAUCCUGAUUUACUAACAGAAAGAGAAAUGAAUCUCUUGGCGGAAUUACAAGCUACGAAGGAAACUUUGCGUGUAACAGAGGACGAAGUGACGGCAUGCAAACGGGAAAAAGUUCGAUUCUUGGAAACUCUUACAAAGAUUACUGAAUCGGAGAACAAGGUAGGCAUGCAACAGAAAUUGGCAGCUGAGCUUCUGAGCAAGGAAGAAAUAUUAGGAAAAAUGCAAAUACAAAUAAGAGAAUUGACUAAAAAUAUCAAAUUGAAUGAACAGAAAGUAAUUCAGUACGAACAGUACGUUCGAGAUCUGCAAGCGCACAAUCGCGCAGUGGCCAACUGUCAGGAGGCUCCUAAUGGUAUCAGCUAUCAAGACUUACAGCAACAGAUUAUGAAUUUAAGAAUGGGCCUUCUCGAAGCGGUGAAUAAAAACGAGGAGUUGUCAGAGCUGUUAGUACAAAAAGAACAGCAACUUGAGCAGCAGGACAAGACUUCACGUGCCCAGGCAAGAGUCAUAAAGGUUCGCGAGGAGUUGAUCAAUAUGCUGAAGAACAAAGAGACGGAGCAGAGUCGCGAGCUGGCCGCAUUACAGCAGGACCUUGAGCACCGAAUGAAAAUUGUUGAUGAAGUAAACAAGCAAAUAGCCGCGAAAGCAGAAGAGAUCCAAGAGCUAUUUGCCACUCUGGAGAACAAGCAGGAACAGAUCCGCCGGCUGGAGAAGAUUGUGCUGGCGCUGGAGGAGCAGCAGCGACGUGCGCAGGCGCAGCGCACGCGACACGAGGAGAAGAUCGCCGCGCUUGAACACGAACUCGCUGCUAGUGGAAAUCGACGAGAACGGAAAUUCAUCUUCUUUUAAAAUUGAUCUAACGCGUGCUCAAGAAAGUCUCGUCUCGGAAAAUUUUGAAGUGAUGGUGAAAAUUGUAGAUGUCCGUUGAUGUGAAAAGUUUGUUGUAAAUUCGAUUUUUGCGAAUAAAAUGAUACUUUCAUAAUCUUCAAA